UUACACUUAUUAAAGGGUGUGGCGCAGGCGAGAAGCAGGAGCAGCUGUGGGCCCGGGGCAGGGGCAGCAGCAGAUGCCCCGGCAGGGAACGUGGGACACCCCAGCGCCGGCAACACCCCUGCUCAUGUGACCCGGGGGGACUUCGCCUGCCAGGAACGGCCCUGACACAGCACUCGGCAGCUCCUGAGCUUGCAACAGCUGCCGGGAAGAGCAGAAACCGGAGCCACAGACCUGCCUUCGGCCAUGGGGGUAAAGGAUGUGAUCAGGAAGGAGCUGGGCAGCCUCCACGGCAUGCCUUUAUACGAGUCUUUCAUUGAGGGGUGGCCACAGGUGGAGACCUUCCAAGCCCGGCCAGAUGACCUGCUCAUCUCCACCUACCCCAAAUCGGGCACAACAUGGGCAAGCGAGAUCCUGGACAUGAUCUACCAGGACGGUGAUGAGAAGAAGUGCCAACGCGAUGCUAUCUACAACCGGGUGCCCUUCCUGGAAAUGAAGGUUCCUGGGGCACCAAGUGGUGUGGAGCAACUGGAGGAAACCCCAUCCCCGCGGCUGGUGAAGACUCAUCUCCCUGUUCGACUCCUCCCAUCCUCCUUCUGGGAAAAGAACUGCAAGGUCAUCUAUGUGGCCCGCAACCCCAAGGAUGUUGUCAUCUCCUACUACUACUUCUACCAGAUGGCCAAGAUACACCCUGACCCUGGCACACUGAGUGAGUUCCUGGAGAAUUUCAUGGCUGGCAAAGUGGCUUAUGGGUCCUGGUAUGAGCAUGUGCGUGGCUGGUGGGAGAAGGCACAGGAGAAGUCAAUCCUCUACCUCUUCUAUGAGGACAUGAAGAAGGACCCACGUCGAGAGCUGGAGAAGAUCCUGAAGUUUCUGGGCAAGGUGGUGUCAGAGGAGACAAUGGAGAAGAUCCUCCACCACACCUCCUUCCAGCAGAUGAAGAAGAACCCCGUGGCAAACUACGAGACCAUGCCCACGGUCCUGAUGGACCACAGCCUCUCCCCCUUCCUCCGGAAAGGGAUCUCUGGGGACUGGAAGAACCACUUCACCGUGGCCCAGAACGAAUGCUUCGACAAGCACUACCAGGAACAAAUGGCAGGCUCUGGCCUCUGCUUCCAGAUGGAGGUGGUGCCUGGGGACUGUCCCCACGGCUGCGGCUUCCCCGUCCCCUCUCGUCACUUCCCUCUGGAGCCCCGGGACCGUCUCGCCACGAGUCCCUCCCCCGGCUAUACCACUCCUGGGGCCCCCGCACACCCAGGAGCCUCCCCCUGCCGGUGCCUCCAUCUUCCCCGCGGGAGAGGACACAACAAAUCCCGCCCCGGACCCGGGACCGAGCCGGACGCGUCCUCUGAUCCCGGCCACAGCUCCGGGCCGAGCAGCAGCAGGAUGGCCGAUCUGGACACUUACCUGCGGCAGCCCUGGCAGACGGUGCAUGGCAUCCCCAUGGUCAGUGCCUUUGCCCGUGACUGGGAGCGGAUUGACAACUUCCAGAGCCGCCCUGAGGACAUUGUGGUGGUCACCUUCCCCAAAUCUGGCACCACCUGGGUCAGCGAGAUCGUGGACAUGAUCCUGAAAGGCGGUGACCCUGAGGAAUGCAAGCGGGAUGCCAUCAUCAACCGGGUGCCCAUGUUGGAGUUUGCUGCCCCUGGGAAGUUGCCAGCAGGCACAGAGCAGCUGGAGGCCAUGGCAUCCCCCCGGAUCAUCAAGACCCACAUCCCAGCUUGCAUCUUGCCCAAAUCCUUCUGGGAAAACCACUGCAAGAUGAUCUACGUGGGGCGCAAUGCCAAGGAUGUGGCCGUCUCCUUCUACCACUUUGACCUGAUGAACAAACUUCACCCACACCCUGGGACAUGGGCCCAGUACCUGGAGGAGUUCAUGGCUGGCAGAGUGGCAUAUGGCUCCUGGUAUGACCAUGUCAAGGACUACUGGGAGCGGAGGAAGGAUCAUCCUAUCCUUUACCUCUUCUAUGAGGACUUGAAGGAGGACCCCCGUCGGGAGAUUGCCAAGGUGGCCCAGUUCCUGGGGCAGCAGCUGCCAGAGGCAGUGCUGGAUGCCAUCACCCAACACACCUCCUUUGAGGCCAUGCGGGACAACCCCACCACCAACUACACCAUGGUGCCCUCUCACCUCAUGGACCACAGUGUCUCCCCCUUCAUGCGCAAAGGCACUACUGGAGACUGGAAGAACCACUUCACAGUGGCCCAGAGUGAGCACUUUGACCAGGACUAUGCACAGAAGAUGUUGGGCACUGACCUGCAUUUCCGCACCCAGAUCUGA